UUAAUUAUAAAAAAAAUCUUUUGAGUUGUCACUGCGUGAGCUACAAAACAAGCCUUUUCCAGUGGAACAAAUCCUCACCCCCGAAACAACGGUAAUAUGGCGGAGGCAGAAACGCCAAAGCGGAGCCCCGAAAUCCGGAAAGACAGAAUCCACAACAGGUGGGUACUGUUCUCUCCGGCGAGAUCGCGCCGACCGUCGGACUUCAAGGCCAAAUCGAACCCACAACCGAACAAUCAAACAGAAUGUCCAUUUUGCGCCGGCCACGAACACGAGUGUGCGCCGGAGAUAUUCCGUGUGCCAGAAGAUUCCACCAACGAUUGGAAAAUCAGAGUUAUCCAAAAUCUGUAUCCGGCCGUCAGCAGAGAAUUGGAUUUCCAAAAUCCAGUUUCUGUCGUCGGUGAUGUAGCAGUCAGUGGAUUCGGGUUUCACGAUGUGGUUAUUGAAUCGCCGGUUCAUUCAGUAAAUUUGAGUGAUCUUUCUCCGGCUCAAGUUGGGGAGGUUUUGCUAGCUUGUAAGAAGAGGAUCGAACAGCUUCGGAGUUGUGAUUCUAUCAAGUAUGUUCAGGCGUUCAAAAACCAUGGAGCCUCUGCUGGUGCUUCCAUGAGCCAUUCUCACAGCCAGAUGAUUGCUCUUCCCAUUGUUCCUCCAACAGUUUCUGCCCGUCUUGACAGUAUGAUGGAAUACUACAAGCAGACUGGGAAAUGCAGCCUGUGUGAUAUUCAACCAAAUGAGUUAUUAAUUGAUGAAUCAGCCCAUUUCAUAUCACUGGUUCCCUUUGCUGCAACUUUUGCUUUUGAGAUUUGGAUAAUUCCUCGUGAUCACUCUUCUCAUUUUCAUGAAAUAGAUAGUGAGAAGGCAAUUGAUCUUGGAGGAUUGUUGAAACUCAUGCUUUUGAAGAUGUCUUUGCAGUUGAACAAUCCACCAUUCAACCUUCUGAUUCAUACUUCCCCAUUUCAAGAUGACCCCUCAUAUGCACCUUCCACACACUGGUUUUUACAAAUAGUUCCCCAUUUGAGUGGGGUUGGUGGAUUCGAGAUAGCAACGGGAUGUUACAUAAAUCCUGUUUUCCCCGAGGAUGCUGCAAAAAUUCUAAGGGAUGUGAGAAUCUCUAAUUAACAAUAUUUAGAGGGAAAUUAUUAAAUCUGAUUAUGCAUAUAUAUCUUGAGAUACGGUAGCUAAGGAGAUGAGGAUGUGAAUCCAUCAUAUGUUGUUUCGAUGGCACCUGUAUUAAACAUAGUUAUUUGUUCUGCUUCCUUUAUUUAUUUACACUUUCCAUUUCUUCCUUUUUCA